UUUCUCUAAUAAUAUUUACGCGCGCAAUGAAAAAGUUGAAUGGGAUUCAAUAAUAAGAUAACAUUUGUCGUCUUAAGGUAACAAGUGUGAAAAAAUGAAAUUAUAUAAAUCAACUAAUAAAUACCUUAUCAGUUGAGUCUGGUAAAUCAAUAAAUUUAAUAUCUCCGACGUUAGAAUCAGAGCUAUUUAGACGCAAAAUAACUGUUCUUUCAUAUUGAAUGAAUCAAUAAUUAGUUUAAAAUGAGUAUUGUUACUCCUGUACUUGAAUCAGAACUUCAUGAAGUUAAAGAAAUUAAAAGGUUAUACGAUUUAUUCGACAUCAAAAGAGUAGAUAGAAUAAUAAAUCCACAGAUGUAUGGUAUAUAUUCAUUGCGUAAGAGCGAGAUGGAGUAUAAUCAUCCUGAUACUCCUGUAAAUGAAUGCAUGCUUUAUCAUGUUACGUCUAAAAGUAAUUUGUUAUCUAUUAUUGAUAACAAUUUAAAUUGGCGACUUUCAUACCGAAAUCGCUAUGGAAAGGGUGUAUGUUUUGCGGAAAGUCCUUUGUAUGCUUAUAAGUAUGCAUCAUGUACUAUUGACAAAAACGAAAAUUUUGACGACAAUAUAAUGUUUAUUUUGCUUAGAAUGGGGUUUCCUAAAGAAGCCGCGAAAAAAGCUAUUUAUUACACCCAAAAUAGAAGUCUAGAGUUGGCUACAAAAUGGCUAUUAAAAAACAUAUGUAAUAGCGACAUUCCUGAGCCUUUUUCAAUGAAAAAUAAUAAUAUGCCUCAUGAUCGAGUUAUGCUAAUAUGUACUGUACUGGUUCAAAAAAUAAAGUAUGUUGAUGUAGAUUACCAUCUAAAAGUUCUGCCCAAUAUGUAUGACACUGCGAUUUCAAAUAACAACAUGGUUUAUGUUAAGUUCAUGGACCAUGAAUAUUUUCCAAAAUAUGUCGCCUAUUUCAAGAAUUUAUAAUAAUUCAAAAUUCAUUUUUAUUAUUUAAAGUUUGUUUUUUUUUUUUUUGAUUUUACACGAGGAAAAGCUGUAAGCCAAACUUAGAUAUAAAUUACACAUUUAGUUCAAAAGUGUAGUAACUUACGUUAAAACAUUGUUCCUUGAAAUAUAAUUAACAUUCGACAAUUUUAGAAAAAAAAAGUUCAAAUUACAACAAUAGUAAUUUUUAUUUUGUCGUGUGCCUUAAUUAACAGUUAGAUUUUAUUUUGUAUGUAUGGUUAAAUAAUUUUAUAGUUUGCAUUCUGAUCCAAACAAAAAAUUCGAAAGUCUGAAUUCAACUAUUUUUUUGAGCUUUGAUUUUUUAUUCUA